GUGACCCAUAAAUAAGUUGUCUUGUUGCCCCAAAUCUGACCAUUACCUCCCUUGCUUGAAUUUAGAUUAAUUGUUUGUUUUUCUUCUUGUAGGACACAAAGUUAUGGUGGUGAGAUGUGAAGGAGUCAACAUCUCUGGAAACUUCUACCACAACAAGCUGAAGUACCUGGCUUUCCUGCGUAAGAGGAUGAACACCAACCCCUCUCGUGGACCUUACCACUUCAGAGCUCCGAGCAGGAUCUUCUGGAGGACUGUCAGAGGCAUGCUGCCCCACAAAACAAAGAGAGGCCAGGCUGCUCUGGAGAGGCUGAAGGUGUUCGAUGGUAUUCCUCCACCCUAUGACAAGAGGAAGCGCAUGGUUGUUCCAGCUGCUCUUAAGAUUGUGCGUCUGAAGCCCACUCGCAAGUUCGCCCUCCAGCCGCCCCCCCCCCCCCCCCCCUCUGCACUCACUGUAAAUGUGGAACCUAGGAGAAACGGGCGUCACAAAGCUGGUUCCUUCAUUCCUUCCUGCAAACGUGUUCACAAUGGAUUGGACAUGGAAACAUAGGAACUGACUGACUCACUGUCUAAGGAUCAUCUCUCGGUCUCUGCUUGGUUUUCUUUUCUGUUUAAGGGAUCAAAAACAGAACCGGUUGGUGAAAGAUGAAAGACGAGACUUUCCUGUCAAUCUGUCGUAUGUUUUCUUUUUCUUUUUUUUUUUUGUUGUUGCUCAAACUAACGGACAUCUUGUCAGUGCCAAGACCGUUGUGUUCUUUGCGUUUGUUUGUGUCAUGUUUCUACGUGUGACUUUAACAGGGACACUUGCCUUUGUUUUUUCACUGGUGUUUAAGGGUUUUUAAAAUUUUUAGUUUAGAGUACGCCAGACCAAACUGAGGCCUGUCCUCAGCCUUGCAAAUGUCCAGGAAAGAUGGCGAGGAAAGAAGACGUUGUCCUGUGGACAUCCAACACUUUCCAUUUUAUUGUUUUUGUGCCAUAUGCCGCUCUUUUGAUAUGCUUGCUUCCCUAUGUUCAUUGGCAAUAUUUGACAACCCAGACCAUAGUGAUGUGUACACAGUUCAAACAAUGGUACUAACUGAUGUUCAGUUCAGUGGAUUAUGAUGAACAUGAUUGAAAGCUGCAUGUCUUUGCUACCUUUAGCAGCAUUAGCUGAUGCUUGGAUGUAGCAAGGAGAACCUUCAGUUGCACAAAAACAACCGAAUAUAAAAGACGAGAGAGAGAGUGGUAUAGUGUUGGCGUAGGAUUUUAUAUAAACUGUCCAAUGAAUAGGAAUGAUUAUCUUUAUAAAGGAAAUAUAAUCACAAACUAGAUCAUGUGGAAGAGGCUAGCAAACACUUUAAUUAACAGCUUCAAAUGCCACUUGCUUUUAGCAAACAUUUAAUUUUAAAGUCUCCUAAUUAAAAAAAUAUAAAUUAAUUUAUUAUCAAACGUAAAGGUCACAUGAUGCUAAAAACAAUGAAUAUGUUUUUCAAAAACACAAUUAUGUGUACAUGGUCUGUCUACUAUGAGAAAAGUCCAUCCUCUCCGUCUUAUGCCUGCUCCACUUUUCAGAAAAUGUGUGCUCAAACAGGCCGUUUGGAGAUUUUACCUUUGUGACAUCACAGAGGGCAGUAACCCCUCCCCCAGGUGGGCGACACUCCCACAGCUAGGUGUUUGUUCUGCCCUCUGAGUCUGCCUUGUCAUCGUAAACAAUAGGGCAUGGAGUGAGAAAGCUUGAACCAUCAAAGUCCUUGAAUAGGGGCGUGGUCAUACAGCUAAUUUACAUAUUUAAAGGUACAGACACAGAAACAGCCUGUUCUGAGCAGGGCUGAAAUAGAGGGGUUUAUAGACAUGAUCAAAUACAGGAUCAGAGUGGAUUUAUAACAAGAAAACUUAACAGACAUGUUUUAAGAAGCUCUGAGACUUAUUUAAACUUGUUAAAAAAUGAGGAGAAUAUGUGACCUUUAAGAGCUUGUAACCUCAGUAGUUAAUAAUAAUAAAUGAUUAAUACACCAAGGACCUGAUGAGAGCUACCAAAAAUCCCUUAGGCUAAAGGUGUAGCAUGUUUGUGUUGCUACCGCGCCUCCUGUCAGGUGUUUGGUUUGAGGAAAGGAGAGUAUCUUCCAGUCAGUACCAUUGUUUAAACUAAAAGGAGGUCUGCUAGUUUCUUCAUAUUUGACGUGUCGUAUUUCUUUGUCUUGUCUCUGGAGGUUCGUAGCCUGGAUGUCAGGUUAUUUCUUUUUGGACUUUUGUUUUCUGGCCUUUCACGAUUGGCCAACGUUGAAACACACUGGUUAUCAAACGGCCACAAAAAUGCCAGAUGCUGAAAAUAAAACAAAUAAAAUACAUUGUGACUUGGCUUGUUAACUGUAUUAAUACUGUAUUUGCUUGAAUGCAAAAAAAAGAUGUAAAUUAGAAGUACCAUGUUAAACAUGUACCUUUUACCCCUGGAGGAAUGCCAUUCACCAAACUGACUGAUUUCUGUCGUCGAGGUCGUUGCAUUUAUUAUGAAACAGUACUGCUUGCUGGGAGAGAUGUUUAAUGGAUUUUAUGAGUUUCCGUCAAGAGAUGUUCGAGGUUUCGUUUAGUGCUGAACAACAAGUCGUCCGCGAUAAGAAGAGAUGAUUUAAAAAUGAUUCGCUGGCUUGUUCUCUUUCUGCAGGAUCCUUGCAGACCUUUUAAUUUUAACAUAUUAUUUCCAAAACAUGAUAACUUAAAGUGUCCUUUUGUAUGUGACCUGUACUAUAUGAUUCAUUUAAUAUUGUAUAUAUGAUUUACCUUGUUUCAUGUAGUGUUAUAUAUCUAGAAUUAAUUUUGUACAAAAUUGUCCCUCUGUACAGAAUAAAAACAUCAAUAGCAAGUGAAAGAAGUCAAUCUGGCACAUACCGUCUUAUUUCUCCUGUUUUUGAUGUACUCGCAGCAACCAGAGGAUUUCGACAAAUGUUCUUAUUUUUAUGAUCAAAACCUGCAAAGUUUCCUCCCUCCUCUAUAUAACUGACAAAUGUUCAUGCCCGUUGUGUGCUCCUAUCACUGUCUUUAGUGGUGUACAACUAUAUAGAAUGAAUAAAGAGAUUAUUUGAAUAUAUUUUCAA